AUGUGCUCGAGUGGGUGGUUGCUCCGAAUUCAGAGUUUGGACCAAGCUGCCGUCGGUAGCUUGUGCGCGGUAGGACGCGUUGGCUCAAGGCACUUCGACGCCGAUCUUCGGGGAUUGCUUGCGGCGUCCGAUCUGAUUCUUUGUUGUGACAACGUCCCGGAGCGGCUACCGGAGACGGACGAUGAAGGAAUCGAGCGGGACUCGAGCGAGGGAGACGAGGAGUCCACCAGUUCUCAGCGUCACCGCUGUUGUAACCACCUCGGAGCCCCGACGCCCCAACAAGCCGACGCGCACUACCGAGCCGUGUGCAGGGCGCUGGUCGCCGAGGCGCUCGAACUGUCGUCUUUCCUCGAGAGAGUCUCCCAGGGGACGCACGAGCUACGGGCGAAGGCGGAGGCCUCGACGGAUCUCGACAAGCUCCAGUUCUCCGACUGGGCGCGGCUCUGGGUCCAGGUGAUCCACGAGCUGCGUCACGGCGUGAAGCUGAAGAAGGUGGACUUCAGUCGCACCCCCAUCGAGUACGAACUCACCCCUUACGAGAUUCUGAUGGACGACAUCCGGUCUCGGCGCUACAAGCUGAACAAAGUCAUGGUGGACGGCGACAUCCCCCACCGCAUCAAGAAGGACGCCCACGCCAUCAUCCUCGAGUUCAUCCGCUCCCGACCUCCUUUGCGCAAGGCGUCUGAGCGCAAACUGGCGCCGCCCCGUAGCAGGGCCUCCACCCCCCGAGAGCUGCUCAUGGAGUCCAUCAAACAAGGACGGAGACUGAAGCCCUCCCUCAACCCGCUCAAGAAGAAAUUAGUUCCAGUUGACGCCCACCCACGAGAAGAUUCCUCGAGUAGCAGCAAAUCCACUCGGAGGCUCAUUAAAGUCGAUUUCUCGAAGCUGCAGAUGGACGAUGACGAAGAAGACGACGAAGAUGACCAGGCGUCUGGUCCCAGUGCAGCAGGUGACAUUGAGAGCGGUGGUUGCGGAGCGUCGCGACGCCGAAAGAGUAGGAGUAACCCGUGGCACCGGACAGGUAUCACACAUGACGAGUAUCACAGCUACGUCGACACCACGUUGGAGUCAUAUGACCUGGCAACACAGUGUCCUAGUAGGAGAGCUUCAAUUCGCAGGCACACGAUCGUGGUUUGUAACAGCGAAAGUGGAAGUCAGUCCCUGCCACAUUCACGACCACAGUCUCGAGGCCCUACUCUUUCCUCCGCGAGCUCAGAAACGGACUCUGGAAACUUGGGUUGCACUUUGCCAGAAAUGUCUUGGUCACGCAGCUCAUUGCAGGAUGAACUGCUACAGUCGAAAAACUGGCAGCAAGCAAUGGAAUGCCUGUCGCUCACUCUCGAAGAAAUUGUUCAUAUUCGCAGUGUGCUGACAAAGGCAGAACUAGAAAGCCUUCCUGUGGAAGGUCACGUGAAAGAAGACGUAGAGAAACGAAAGGUUUGCUUCUUGUGUUUAAAGACGAGAUUUGGAAUAUUUGGUCCAUGGGGCCAACUGUGCAAACUCUGCAAAAGAACUGUGUGUGCCAAGUGUUAUUCGAAGAUGCGAAUCCCAACGGAGCAUUUCUCACGAGUACCAGUGUUCGCGCUGAGUCCUGGACUAUCAUCACCUGAGGAAGAGACAAAGGAGUCAUUCCCUAGAUCACUAAUGUCACGUCUGAUGGUACCCGACAUGGUACGCAACAGUGUGGGGAGUGCACCUUCAAGUCCUAACUUAACUCGUGGAGAAUCCAUGUCAGCCCCGUGUUCUGCAGUUGGCUCCAGCAUGGCAGAUAGCAUGGAGGGUCCACAGUCACUGCCUGCCAUCAGCCCUGCCUCUACUACCACUACCACAAGUGAAAGGAGGAGUAGGCUCAAUCGUUCGAAGACUGUCGGGAGACCGGACACAAAAAAGAAGUUGAAGGGGCUGCAAAUGAAUGUGUGUCAUGACUGCAAGACGAUGGUGAUCCAGAUUAUCAAGUCUUCACGUGCAAACCGCACCAAUGCUAUCCGCAAUCUCACCCUCAACCUUUCUCCUGUUUAUUAAGAAGGAAGAAGCCUGUCAGUACUUGUAAAUACUCUGUACUAAUAUAUUCCACUGAAGCCAUUUGAGGUCUAUGAACUACCUUUUAUAGAGUGUACAGGAUACUAAGGUUCCUGGCAUAUAAUCUCAUCCCUGAAUGCAUGGAGUCCUAAUAAGAAAGGAGAAAUGCAGUGGAAUUAGUGAAUUUAAAAACAUCAUAUUUUAUCAUCCUCUUCAUAUUCUCAUUUGUGAAUUUAAAAUCUCAUGAUGUAUAAAAAUAAAGUAAUUUCCUUACUCAAAGUGGAAAGAUGUUUGUUAUCUUGUUAAAAGAUGUAAAUAAUAUAAUACAGGGAAGUAGAAAACUGAUGUGGGGAAUAAUCCAAAUAAGAAAAGAAACACAUUUUAUGUCAUAUAUUUUCUUCAAAUAUCUGACAUCCUGACAGAGACAAAUUCCUAAGUUAUCAAUACUUUCCUCAAAUAAACAUACAUCAAGCCAUUCUUACCAUAUUCAUGUAUGUUUUACUGUACUUAUUCACCUUGUGUAAUUCAUGCUUCAUUACUGAAAUAAUUUAUAUCUGUAAGAAGGAAAGUGAAGUAUGAAAUAUUUUCAGUAAUUAACUAUGGAAAUAAUGCCUUACUAAGUGCACAGUAAUUUACCAAACACAAAUUAUUUGAAUCUCUAGAGUAAUUUAAGUAUUUAAUUUUAAUAAUUUUCAUACAGGCACAUGAUGCAUCAGUUCAACUCUGUUAAUUUAAUUUAAUUGCAAAAAAUAAUAUUGCAUUACAAAAUAUACUGGAUUUUUCUUCUAAAGUAAAACUGUCCCACUAUUCGCCAUGUAGGCGGGUGGGGGGGUAUAGCUCCUACUCACUCUUAACCUUAGCACUAGAUAGGGGUGAGUGGUCAGCGCCAUGCCCUGGCCACACUUUACACCAUGGAAAGGACGCUGGUACCCAUUAGAUAGGAGGCUGGGUGGGCCCCAGAGCUGGCCUGGACCAGAGGCUAGACGAAAAAUCCGCUGCCCCUCUUCUAGUCCAUGAAAAAGUAGAAAAUGCAGCAACACAGAACUCAAAAUUAAUUUUAAAACAAUAAAACAUUUUUAUGUGCACACAACUUCAAAGGGUGUUUUAGUCAGAUGCCAGAAUGGGACUGUCAUUAAGAUAACAAAUGAUAUGAUGAACAGACAUUAGAAAUUGCAGUUUCUCUUGCAUAUAUACACUUAACAGUUCACUGCAUGUCAGUCAUGAUAUAACUGACGUCUUCACGGCCUUCCUCAGAUUUCAGAUAUUGCAUGGCAGUAAUUUUAUUCUGGUGAUUUUGUUUAUUGUUGCUAAAAUGAAACAUCUGUGGGAAGUACCAAUUUUGAUCAUGAUGAUAAUCUGAAUUUUGGUGCCAGGUAGAUUCAUAGGUAGAUGCCAACAUUUUGGAGAAACAUACUGCCUCCAUCUUCAGGGCAACAUGUAUCUCCGAACAGUGACAGCUAGUUAUGAGUGUACAUGGCACAGAAACCCAAAACACCAACACCAGAACCUCAAAUCUCGCACAAUAACGUUUUCCCCCCCUCUAAAUUAUGGUUUCAGUAAAGUUCGAACAUAAAGUCAUUAAAUAGUAAUUGAAAUAUUCCAAAGUUUGAGAGUUCUUUAACCACUACAUUUAUACAUUUCCAUUUCAUAAAAUCACACUAAUGAAUCUGUGAGAGAACAUAUUAUUAAUUGGUGAUUAUUAUGAAUUACUGUAAGACGGAAGAUAAACUGUAUGCAGAGGUAAAACUGUUUACAACUGGAUAAUAAAUUUUUGUUAUCAGUUUUCAUUCAGAUAUUAUUUAAAAGAAAAUUGCAUGUCAUUCGUUAGUUUAUAGUGUCCUGGUCCACACCAUAUUAUCUGAAUUAUCAGAAGCUUUAGUUUUUAAUAUUGACAUAUUUAGUAAAUUAUGAUUUCAUAAGUUUGCUCUACCCUAGCAUGGUUACUCAACUGAGUAUGAUUUUUUCAUAAGUUACAGUGAUAUAAUUAUGCACCAAAACACAACUGCAGUGUCUUUGUGCAUCAGCCUACACAAGCAGCAACAUUAUACUGACUGAAGUUAGUUUCCUGAAGCUUUGUGCAUUGUAGGGACACAUUCUGGUAAGGGAUGAAUUUCACCGUACUUCUAUAAGAAAGGCUAAGUUAUUUUAAAUUGUCACUUACUUCGGAGAAUCUGUAAGUCCUAGUUGUAACGCAGAGGUUAAGUUUUUAUCUUGUCUCUUGAAGUAAAAUAGCAAAAUGAGAUUCCUUUUCUGUGUAUGAAGUAGUCAGAUUCAUUGUACCAUUGCCAAACCCAGUAACUGUGAUGAUGUAAUGUUGUAAUGUUUCCUUCCUUGGAAAUUAUUUAUGCUUUAAUGGUCAAUGUUACAUGAAAAUGACAUUUGUAUACUUAUUCCGAAACUGUACUAAAUAUGAUUUAAAAUUAUAAAAUCAUUCUUGAGUUAGCUAGUAGACAUUACUCAGAAGCAAAAUGUUGUUUGUUUGUCUGUUCUUGUCUCCAAAAAAAUUAUGAUUACCAGACAAUUAUUAAAGACAGAUAAUAUAUAUGUGUGCAGAUUUAACACUGUAAAGUAUUAACUUCUUAAAUAAUUACUAUAUGGGACAAUCUAGUCAUAUUAGUCUUUAAAAAUUUAAUUUUAAAUAUUGCAUUUUGUGUAUGAGAUUUUAGUUGACAGUAGAAACUUACAUUUGUAACCAAAUCCUUUUCAGAAAUUAUAAAAAAAAUGUUACAGACAAUUUUAGCAAAGUGAAAUCAUUGAAUGUUUGUGUUCUUCCAUAAAAUAAUAAUUAUUCAAUAAACUGAUAUGAAAUGUCAGGUUUAAUUUCUUUGUCAUUGUAUACAUACUAUUUUCAUCUUUUAAUAUUCAGAAUUGCAAAAUUUUGAAGUAAAAAUAUUAGACAGCAGAGCAACUCUUAAGAUUACAAUUUUAAAACUUGCUAAAAAGAAAAAUGUUAUUCUGAUAGGACAUCAAACUGUAGGGCCUAUUGUAUUGUAAAUGUACUUAAAACAUUUCCAGUUGUUGUACAGAUAUCACUCAACAUUAAUAAACUGCCCAGUCUAUAAUUCUGUAUAAAGUUUUCAGCUUGUAAAAAGUGUUACUCUCAGUUCAGGAAAAUGUGUUGUCAGUUGUCGUAUCAACACACUGUUGAAAAUGGCAUACCACCCUAUAGACCACAAUAUGAAGGACCUUACUUUAACUAUUAAGAGUUUGUGUAAAAUACAUUAUCUGUAGAACAUAAGUAGCCACUUAGCAUGUAAGUACAAAUUAAUAUCAACUGUAUGUAUAAAUUAUACAGUAGGAAAUAAUAAUGAUUAGUGUAUAUUAUCCUACAGUUGUAUCAGUUGGUUUAAAACAUGUUACUGUUUCUUAGAUAUAUCCAGAUUCAGUAAGUAUUAGUAAGCCUGUGCUUCCCGGUGCAUAUUUAGAGAGUGAUUUCAGUACAUCAUCUUAUGCAGAAAAACAUUUCUAAUUAUCCUAAGUAAUAACAAUUUAUGAAAACUCAGGUUUGUUUAAAAAAAGUGGAAGUGUACAAUACAAUCAUAUCAUUUUCAUAAAAUUACAUAUUUGUCAUUACAAAAUGUAAUUAACCUAGAAUUCAGUUCAGUGUCACACUUUUCUCUAACAUGUUUUAUUUUACUACCAGAAAGUCAGUUUCAACAAAUAAUUUCUGAAACAUAAAAAACGCCAUAUUUCCUGGAGAACUUGACACAGACUUGAGGCGAGAACUUGAAAUCCGUUCGCUUGAGACAUACAGAUACAGUUUGACUGAAAUGUUGCUUUUAUUGGGAAACAAAACAGGCACAUGCUAGAAAUAUCUGAAGCAUGAGUAUAUGAACGUUUGAAAACAUGGCAGUAUGCAGAAGAAAUUUGUACUUCAUUUGUUCCUGAAUCGCUCAGAUGCAGUGUCUUCUAGGAUGCUACACCAUGCCUGGUAGAAGUUCAUUCACAUUUCAGCAGUGCUUACUGCCUCUGCUAUGAGGAUGAAGAGGCCACAUUGCCUUGAUAAUGGAGGCGGUAAGCACUUCUCAAAUAUCUGUAAUCUUCCAACAGACUACAUAGCACAGCACCCCAGAAGAUAGUUGUCUUCAUACUCGCUGCUGUGAGAAUAUGAUAUCUCACAAUAUCUAAUUCUGUUUAACAUUUUUUUGACUUUCAUUUUUCAUACAUACAAAUAUUAUAUUAUAUUAGAGUAUUAUUUCAAAGUUCAUAUAAAAAUGACGCUUGUUCAUAAUAUGUGACAGAGGCAUAUAUAACUGUCGAGUCCUUUGGCUUUGAAACGUGACGUAGGUUUGGCAUAAAUAUAUGUAUACUGUGCCUUAUAACAAACAGGAUGUGGAUCUAAGGCAGGGAAGGGGUGGAGGAAGGGAGAAAAUGUGAAUUGUCCAGCAGGAUGCAUUCUUUAAAGAGACAGCCAGUUGGUGAUGUAAUCGGAAAACAAUCCUGCACAUGGCAGAGUACUAUUUUGCCACCAUAAACAUGUCAUGCCAGUACCAGAAUGUACUUGCGUACAAGAUAAUUUUUGAUCCUCAUUGAAAUGGAGAAUUAUGCUGAUUGCUGAAUCACUGUAAGUUAUGCGAGGGAAAUAAGAGCUCGUACGUACGGUGUGCUACUUGCCACAUGGUCUGUUAAUCAAGCUUGUAGUUUGUGGUGACUUGGCAAUCACGUAGUCUUGGAUAGUGCCACUACUCUCGGAAUUAUGUUACGAAAUUAUGAUGAUGUCUCUGUCAGAAAACAGUGGGAAAACUGAACAGGAUUAAAAGUGAGAUGCUUACAAACUGUAUGUAUCAUUUAAUGUACUGAUGUGUGUGUUUUGCUUUUCACUCAGUCUCUUGUUUCAGCAACCAGAUUGUCCCAUUGUAAUGAAUCUAAGGAUCUUUGAAGUUAACUGUUGAGUCCUUUGGGUUUGAAACACCAUGUAGGUUUGGCAUGAGUGUCUUCCUAAACAAGGUAUUACAGGGUGAUCAAGAAGUCACAACCCAUUCCUGACACGUUCCAUUUUAAAAAAAAUUUAAUUGAAAUCAGAAAAAAAAUUAUUCGGUGUUGGAAAUGUCUGCCGCGUUCUGCACUGCUUGCAUUCACUCUUCAUAUUUGAUGCAACCCGGUGAAGAGUUUGAGCAGUGACCAGAAACAGUUCACCAGACAAGAUGUACCGAUUUGUUUGGCACAGGAGAAUCGGGAAACGCAUUCUGACAAAUUAAGUAAGAACAAGAUACCACAUAGUGUUGAACAAUGAACACUCAUUGCACUUUUGAAAAGGACAUCCUUGGACUUAAGGUAACUGAUGGGCUGGUGCAAGCAGGUUACAUGGGCUCUUGUGUAAUCACAGUGAUGUGUGUUUGUUAAGCCAACUAAAUUGUAUUGAAUUGCAACCAUCAAUAAAUAUUUUAACAUUG